GCUUCGUUUCCUACGUUUUAAAGUACUUUUCAUUAUUAAGUAUAAUAAUUAAUAAAUUUUAAUCUACUUGGUCGUAAAGAUAACAUUUAUAGUGUCAACGAUCACGAAAAGUAAAAAAAAAAAAAAUGAAAGUAAAAGCAAAAUAGACAAAGAAUUUUGUUUAGAAACUGAUAACAAUGAUAAGAAUGAUUUAAAAUGUGUUCAGAUUCUUUUGUCGUUUAGAAAAUUCUAAUUGUCAGUUUAAAUCAGUAACUCUCUUGAAUGGUAAAUUAUUUUCCGUCAUGGACUUGGUUGUUGAUAAAGAAAAUAAUCGAAAAAAGAUUACAUUGUCAUGGGAAAAUGUGACGGUUAGCGUAAAUGAUCACAAACAAACUUUCCUACAAUCUGUUUGGUCUGAUAUUAGAAGUGGAUCGCGUAUUAGAAAAUUAGAAUUAUUAAAGAAAGUGUCCGGUUAUGCAGAAAGUAAUAACAUGAUUGCUAUAAUGGGACCAAGUGGCGCCGGAAAGACUACUUUGUUAAGUACGAUUGCAAAAAAAAUUCAACCGACUUGUGGUAGUAUCAGAAUUAAUGGAUUAGAUGUUUCCGAUAUUAUUAUGUCACAAAUUUCGAGUUACAUGGAUCAAUGUAAUGCAAUGUCUGUUGAUCUUACAUCUAGAGAACAUCUUUUGUUUAUGUGUGCACUAAAAAUGGAUAAAAACAAGAGUUAUCGUGAAAGAAGUGAUAGAACUGACAAACUUUUAAAUGAAUUUGGAUUACAUGAAUGUAAAAAUAAUUUAAUAACAAAGUUGUCAGCUGGCGAGAGGAAACGAUUAUUUCUAAUCUCGGAAUUAGUUGCUAGACCUAAAAUUAUUUUUUUAGAUGAGCCUACAACAGAUCUUGAUAGUCUCACAGCAAUGAACAUUAUAGAAAUGUUAAAAUUAAUAUCAAUUAAGGAUACUUUGGUCAUUUGCACUAUUCAUCAGCCAGGAAUGGCAAUGUAUAAUUUGUUUACACAUAUUGUUUUAUUGGCUGAUGGUAGAAAUGUUUUUUCUGGUAGUAUUGAAGAUGUCAAGCCGUUUUUCGAAAGUCUAGGAUUCAGAUGUCCAGCUGGUAUAGAUCAAUCGGAAUAUCACAUAAGUAUUUUGUCUCAACAUGAUCCAAUGAAAUCGACCGAAGAACAAUCUUUAAAAAUAUCCGAAGCAUUUUUACAAUCGUCUUAUUACAAAUUACCUGCCAUUGAGAAAGAUUCUAAAGAAAAUAUACAAACGAAUUUAUGCAACAAACCAGGACAAUUGAAACAACUUUUUUGGUUACUUUGGAGAAUUUAUAAAAAAAAGAAGAGGACAUUUUUUUCUGAUAAUUUAUCGUGGAUAUCUUUCUUGAUAUCUAUGAUCGCUGUAAGUCUAUUUUUUUAUGGUAAUAAUACUAAUACGCAGAAAGGAAUGCAAAAUGUUAGAGGAGCAUUAUACAUGAUGACGUCUGAAAUAAUAUUUACAGUUGCUUAUUCAGUAAUAUACGAAUUACCAUCAGAUAUAAUUAAUUAUCUUCGUGAAACUUCAAUCUAUGGUCCAGGUGUUUAUUACAUUGCUACUUUUAUUGGAUUGAUACCAAAAUCUAUAAUGAAAUCCUUUAUGUUUACAUUGUCAAUAGUUUUGACAUUGCAUAAUAACAUUUAUUGGAACGAUAUUUUAUAUUAUUGUCUUUCAACGACAUUAGGUGCUAUUUGUGGUACUGCUUAUGGUAUGAUGAUGUCAAGUUGGACAAUGAAUAUUAAUUUAACGACAAUAAUUAUGGUACCAAUCGAUAUGAUUUUUCUUUUAACCGCCGGUAUAUUUUAUAAUCUGAGAAGUUUACCAACUUAUUUGAGAUAUAUAAAAUAUUUGUCAAUAUUUUAUUACAUCAACGAAUGUCUCUCAAUAAUUUAUUGGUCUCACGUUGAUAAAAUUGAGGAAGGUAAACGUGAUAUUUUAGAUUGUGAACUAGGCGAAGGAUUACCAUGUUUAGAAAAUGGAACGGAAGUUUUAUAUGAGUAUGGUUAUAAUGGGUCCAACUUUAUCUUGGAUUUAUGUGGAAUGAUAAUCUUAACAAUCGUCAUGUCUAUCGUUGGAUACUUUGGAGUUAAAAGAACCAGAAGAUUAUUAUUUGACAAAAUGGAUCCAGCGUUACCGUCGCCAUCAUCAUCAGGACAUGUUACACGAACGAACCAAGAAUGUUGGACGGAUGAAGAGGAUAUGUUUUUAUUCAUCCUUAUAAAGAAUCGUAUCGAAAUAAUGCACCCUACAUCCAGUGCAGAAACGAAGGCACAAUUAUGGAUAGAAGUGGAAGAACGUUUAAACAAAAAAUACAAAAAAAGGAGAGACAUAAACUGCGUUAAGGAACGUUGGGAAAAGUUGAAGAGUUUGGCAAAACUCGAUGUUUAUACGUUUCUAUCGAAGAUCAAAAAAAAGUUACCACGUAACACGAGCUAUCGUCCAUCGAAUUUCAAUUUGCAAAUUUGGAAAUUGUUAAAGCCCCAUAAGAUGAAGCAGGGGGAGUCCGAUGAUGCGAACGAGUAUACCGCAUACAUAUCCAGUUUCGAAUUUCCCAAUGAGAUUAAUAUAUUAUUGGACAAUUUAAUAAGAAUGAGCGAUAUCGUGUUCGAUCCAAAUUUUUCUAGUUCGUCUUCCUCCACUAUAUCGGAAAGAAGUCGUAGCCUAAGUCCUCCAAGAACGAUGUCCCCUGUAGUCAAUACAUCGUAUAGAUCUAGAUCGGUCCAACCUGCGGUCAAUAGUUAUAUGACAUAUGAAGAUUUGACACUAUUAUCCGAUGAAGAAAACGAAGCCCGUAGAAUUUCGAGAAUGGAAACAAAAAGAUCAUUGUUAUCAGAUCUAAGAUCAUUGUCGAUCGAUCAAGUACCAGAAAGACUAUUACUAAUGAACAAAUCAUGGGAGUCAAAUCUACGUAAUGUAUCAUCGUUUAAUCCCAACGAUAGAUGGAUAAGAUUAAUACAAUCUGAUCUAAGGAGAGAAGAUCUUACAGGAGCGACCGAUGAGUUCGAAAAAGAAAUGUAUCGACCAGAGACAUCGAGGACCGAACCAUCGAGGACUGCACCAUCGAGCAGCCGACAACCGAGGGCCGAACCAUCGAGUAUCGAACCAUCGGGGGCCGGACCAUCGAGAACCGAAUCAUCAAGGACCGAACCAUCGAGGACAGAACCAUCGAGAAUCGAACCAUCGAGAAUCGAACCAUCGAAUAUCGAACCAUCGAAAACUGAAACAUCAAGGGCCGAACCAUCGAGGGCCGAACCAUCGAGGGCCAAACCAAUGAGGGCCAAACUAAUAAGGACCAAACCAAUAGAUAUCGAACUACCUCCAUUUGAUGAUGCAUCGGGUUACCUGAAAGAAUUUAAUGUAAGAACGUCUGACGAUAGUAACGAAGAAAGAUCACCCCAGAGAGCAAGGUGUGCCGAAUUAAAAAUCGAACCACGUCGAUCUACUGAUCAACUGUCUAGUUCCAACAUUACGUGGGUUGUAUUAAGAGAAUCUCAGAUAACAAUGGUUGAUAAUCCUAACGAAGAAAGAGGGGCGCAAUCGCAACCUAGGAUCGAACCAACUGAUCAAUCUAAUAAUCAACUGUCUAGUUCCAACAUUACGUGGGUUGUAUUAAAAGAAUCUCAUGUGACAACGGUUGAUGAUCCUAAUGAAGAAAGAGGAACGCAAUCGCAACUGAGAACCGAACCAACUAAUCAAUCUAAUAGACAAUGGUUUUAUUCAAACGAGAAAUGGAUACAUUUAAAAGAAUCCAAUGUAGCACCGAUGGAUGAUAGUGGCGAAAAACAAACAUCGCCAAUAUUAUUAGAGAACGAACCAGUUUAUCGAUCUGAUGCACGAUUCCUUUCAACUAGCGAUAAAAUAAAAGAAUCUGAUAUAAGAACGAGAGAUGAUAACGAAACAAGACAAAUGCAAAGAACACAUUGGAACGAAUCAAAUCAACAAUUUGUACGCUCACUUUAUCCCGGCGAAAGAUGGAUUAGACUAAGAGAAACUGAUAAAUCAACGAGCGAUGAUAGUGGAGAAGAAAGAAGAAUCCGUGCCAUACAGAGGAACGAACUAUUAUUCCAAUCUGAUGUAGCAGUGUUCCAUUCCCCCAGUAAACGGAUUAAAUUAAAAGAUUUAGAAGAACAAGAUUCAUCAAUAUUGAAGGAUAAUGUAAGAGAAAGAAGAACAUCACAAGAAUUGAAAAUACAUCCAGCCCUGCUUAGUGGUGUAAAACCGUUUCAACCCACUGAUAACUGGAUUGAAUUAAGUGAAACCGAUGUAAUGACAGGAGAUUCUUCAGAAUCGAGCGAACAUAUCAGAGAAGUAAGAGGAACAUUCAGAAUCGACCCAUCCUCGUAUACUGAUGCACAACCCACCGAUAAAUGUGCUAAAUAUAAAGAAUCUAAUGUAAAAACGAGCGACGAUAGUUCCGAAGAGAAAACAACGUCCACAGCAUCAAGAACAGAAUCAAUUUAUUACUCUGAUGAUUCAUGCGUUUCCGAAGCAUGGAUUACAAUAAGAGCACCCGAUGGAUCGAUAGAAGCAAUUCCUAUGGAUUCGGCCCGUAUUGUAGCUGAAAAAGUUCAAAGAGUACCAAAGAAAAGUUUAUCUACUCGAACUAGUGUACAACCGUAUUAUCCCGAAUCAUGGCUUAGGAUAAAAGAAUCUCUUAUAAGGGAAAAAAAAGAAUCAAGGAGGUCCUUAUCAAGCCCUCCUCAUGUACAAUCGUAUCACCCGAUACCACUGCCUAGAACAAGAAAGUCUAUUAUAAGGGAAUCAGAUGUAUUUAUGAAACCGGCCGAUAGUGAUAUUAGACCAGCACCAAGGGCUUUACCAAGGUUACCUCGUGAUAUUCCUGCGAGAACAAUCGAUAGUAAUAUAGAAGUAAGACCAGGACCUUCAUCAGCAAGGAAAUUAGUGAGCCCACCUCGUGUACAACCGUACUAUCCGGAUUCGUGGAUUAGAAUAAGAGAAUCUCCUACUUGGAAUAGAGGAAUCAGAAGGACCGAUAAUGAAAUCGAAGUAAAACCAGCACGAAGGCUCUUAUCAAACUUACCAGAUGUACAACCAUAUUAUUCGGAAUCGUGGACUAGAAUGAUGGAACCUUCUAUAAGAGAAAGAAAUAUAAGAUCGUCCAUAAAUGAAUCCGAAAUAAGAUCAUCGUCGAGGAACUUAUCAACUCAACAUCGUGUACUUUUCUCGGAUAAACAUGUUAGAAUAAGAGAACCUGAUAUAAGGGAAAGAUCACCUAUGAGACAAACUAGUAGUUCUACUGAUUCAAGAUCAUCGACGAGGGCCGAAACAGGCCGACAUGAUGUACGUUUUAAUAAAAGAAGGGAGACCGAUAUAAGAGAAGAUGAUCAUUUUGUAAGAACUGAUUAUCGUUCCCAACAAUUCACGGAACAAAUUUUCGCCGAGGAAGAACAUUUAAGAAGAUUAAAUGUAUUGAGAGCCCAGGAGAGCGAAAUAUUUUUAUUAGAGACCGAACUUCUAGAAAAUCAAAUUCAUAUUCAACGAAUGGAAAGCAAUCUCGAAACGAUACAAAUGCGAAAACGAGUUGCUUUGAGCGAAUAUAAAAUGGCGGAACUGAAGGAGAUGAUGGUCGAGAUGAAUAUAUCCGAUUACAAAAGUCAAGCGAGAAUGACUGGCGACCCUGGUUCUGGUGCAAACAGAGGCACUGGCGGUGCUGGUUCUAUCCGAGCAGCUGGAGGGGCUUUUGGACAAAUGGAAAUUGCUCAUGAAGAACAAUUCUUUUAUAAUCAGCAAAGGGAACAGAUAAGAAAGUUGAGAGAAGGUAUUCGCGACGAAAUUGCUUUUCAUGAGGAACAAAUCCGCCGUCAUCAAGAAGCUAUUGAACGUCAUAAUGCAAGAAUGAGUGAAAUACAUAAUCCUCCUGAAGAACAAUAAAUAUAUUGGCGUCUAUAUUUACAAGCUUUAUAAAGGGACACAGCUAAUAUUACAUCAUGUAUAGAUUUAUGUAUAUAAAUAUAUACUUAUAUUUUUAUACAUAAUGUAUAUAAUUAUGUAUGAAAUAUACACAACUAUAUACAUAAUGUGUAUAAUUAUAUAUAUAUAUAUAUAUAUAUAUAAGUAUAUAUUUAUAAAUGAUGUUAAGAUUUAGUAUGAUCACUAGAACAUCAAGAAUUUUCUUCUUUUUUCUAUACUAGAUUCAAUAGUUUUUAUUAAUUAUUUUUAAUGAACUUGGCUUUAUCAAUAAUUAUUGAAUAUUAAGAGAAAUGAUCUUGGCAGUAUGUUACCAAUAGUUAACAGAUUUGUCUGAAAAAAUUGCUAUAUUUAAUAGAUUUGUAUAUAUUUUCAAAUAUUAUGCUAAUAUAUUCAAUUUUCAAACAAUAAUGUAACAAAUAAUGUAACAGACACAGUAAUUAUUUGAAAUAAAAGCCAUUAUAACGCAGAA